CUCUCUCUCUCUGCCUCCUGCAGCUCAACUUACUGUCUCACUCAUGCUUCCUGGCUGCACUCACAUGCACAGAGAGAAAGAGAGAGAGAGAGAGAGAGAGAGAUAGGAGAGUCUAAGCCGCACAUGAGGCAGCUUUGUCUAUUUUAAACCUCAACAGAUUGGACUAUUUCUUUUGUGGGGUUUACAGAUUGCAUGAGCAGAAGCAGAGUUUGAGUUGCUUUUUAUUUUUUCCUUUUCAUUUGGAUUUUCCUCCAGCCGGCUCAGGGUGGACGCUUGAGUCUGUGUGUGACAGAGAGAGAGAGACAGAGAGAGAGAGAGUUUGAGUGAGUCUGUAUGUGUGUGUAAGUAAAAAAGGGGACCAGGAUGAUAGCGGCCCAGCUUCUAGCCUACUAUUUCACUGAACUCAAGGAUGAUCAGGUCAAAAAGGUGAGUGCUUCCUGGUUCUUCUGCUUCCAUCUUUAAAAUUAUAGGUUGAGAAGUAAAAGCAGAUGUGGAGAGGAGAGGAGAGCGUGUCUCUGUGGAGGUCGUGGAGUUUACUCAUACUGCAGUCAUCUUAACUUUGCUGUAAGAGUGGACUGUCCCGGUCAAGCACAUGGUUGGAAAUCUCUGCUUUGUGAUGCAUCUCUUCAAGGAAGUGACUCAAACAGAGGGCAUGCUGGGAAAGAAGUUUGAGACACAAGUUUUUGUUCAGUUAAUUAAAAAUCACUGAGCUUUCUUUAUAUAGUCAGAUUUAAUCCCCUCGGCUCAUUGAGACAUGACCAACUGCACAGGUGUGUUAGUGUGUGAAGACGUGUGAGCAGACACGACGCUCAGAUGUGUGAUUGGUGCCAUGAUGUGAGCCGUGGGAGGUGUGGCGAAGAGGAGGAGAGAGGAAGUAAAAGGUGAUGAUGAAAGGACAGAGGAGCGGAGGGAUGAGAGGGUGGAAGUGGAUUAAAUAGAGCCAAAUGAGUUUAGGGGUCACAGAGUUUCUUUUCUGCUCUCGUUAAAGUGAUACUUAUAGUCUCCUGAAGCAAAGUAAGAUUUAGGAUGAGAUCUUAUUGAUCGCUCAUCUCCUUCUCCGAGACAAAAAAUCUGCCUUAAUCAAGACCUUGGAGAAAUUUCAUUUAUUCACUCAUUUGUGACCCUUGAGAAAUAAACCGGCUUCUCUCUGAGUAAAGGUCAUCUCUAAAAACAAAAGCAGACGAUUAAAAAGGCUUUACAGAAAAAAUAUUCAGAAACUAAGAUCCUGCAUCAUUUGCAGAAGUUAGUUAUGAACAGUAAUACUCUCAUAUGUGUUAAAAGAUUUGUUUCUUGUUUACCAAUAUGGGGGGAGAAAGCCCAAAAAAGGAGCAAGGAUAUGGAUGUGGUAUCGACCUUGUUCUACUACAUUUCCUCCAUACUUUGUUCAUAAGUUCUGUGAGCUCUAAACCAAAUAAAUUAAAUCCUUAAAGGGCCCAAAACUCAGGAUUCUAGUUUAAUGUUAAAGCUCAGAAAAGUGUGUAAAAAGUUCAAGGAGAAAGAGGUGAAAGUGACGUUUAGACGAUGAAUGUCAGCCUUUCAUAACUUCUCAGCUGAGCAGCCCCCACUGGAGAGCGUCUAGCGGAAAACUGACUGGACCAGUUUUAAUGGCCCUCAGUGUGUGUGUGUUUGAGAGUGUGUAACCAAAGAACGGAGCGUUUCCAAUCACUCAGACCCCAACAGUCUCUUGUACCUCUUGGCUACAAAAUGAUGUUAGCAGGAAACCAGCACAGACACGUCAUGGAAGCGAAAGUGGCACUCAGAGAGCUCUAGGGCAUACUCAAACCCCUUCAUAUGCAAUCAUAACUUCUUGUUUGUCGCUUUACUGCUUUUAUUAUACAUGUUCAGUCUUUACAAACUGCGCUGGGUCCCUUUAAGGUCGCUCCCUGAUGAUGUCACACAUCAUCAGACGGUUUUUGGCUGAUAUUUUUCCCUGUAGUAGUGGAAAAAGCUCACAGCCCACACGUCUCUUCCUUCAUUUGACUUGCAGUCUGCUUCCUCAUUUCAUCUGGAUUGCGCAACCCUUUCUUUUUGCCAAAGCGCUGCACAAAGCUGUCAUCCUCAGGUGUACCUGAGUCUGUUGAGGUAAAAGUCAAUAUUAGCAGCCAGGAUCUGAUGUAAUACAACAAAACUCCUUCCCUUCCUCCAUACUCCAGCUCUUCUCCUCUCCCUGACAGACUAAAAUAGGCCAGCUUUGAACCAUGUGACCAUAGGUGACAGGAGGAGCAGGCUUACACACAACUACAGCCACAUACACCCCCACACUGAGCCAGGUGUGUGUGUUGCUAUUGUACAGCUUUACAAAGAGCAGGGUUGGUUGUGACAUUACAAAAUGCACGUUCAAGGAUUUAAGCAGCCACAGGAGAAAGUCUACAGAUAAUCUCAUCACUGUGUCUAUGCGCGUCCGUCAAAGAGCCUCUAUCAGCUGAGCGAGUCUCCUCUUCACUCACUCCACUGCAGUGUCCUUGACUGUACUCUCUGACAUACUGUAGGCUGUGAGCACAGCAAUGUUCACAGAGUGAGGAUGAGGAAGAGAUGGUGCAGGAGAGGGCAGUGUGGAGGAAAGUAUUUUUCCACAUGGUCAGACUGUGUCCACAUGACAUUGUGCACGCAUACAUACACAAUGGAGUCAGGUUUCAGGGCUUCCUCAAAAUGCGUCGAAGUGACGUGGAGAAGGAGGCAUUGUCGAGGGAAGGAAUGCAAACAGAAAAGAGGGAGGAGAGAAAAAGGGAGGGGAAGCAGAAACAGGAGAGUGAUCUCUUCCUGAAACUUAAACCCAGCUCCAGGCAGUGCCAGGGAAAGUUGUGUGUCAAAGGUGUGUUGAGAGGAAAACAUGUCCUUUACAGACUCGUGUGUGCACAGCAUAGAGGUCUGGUGUCACCUCAACGAGGAAUGCCACUUUGCUCUGCUGAAAAGAAAACUCUCAGUCUGGUCAAUUCUACAACAAAAAAGUAAAAUAAUUCUUCUAACAGAUGAUUCAUUGUCUAUGUGCUUUAAAGUCCCUCUACAAUCUACAGUGAAGAAACUCUAUCUCCCUGAGCCAUGAGAGAUCACAUGAUGCCCUGCUGUGAUAAAAUGCUUGUUCAUGUUUUCUGGCAGCAGAAUGCUGAGUCAUGGAUGCUAAUGUCUUUCCUGCUGCAGGAACAGACUUAUUUUAGGCUCAGUGGAUCCUUUAGUUUGAUGUAGAGAAAUGUGGACAAUGGCUGCUUUUAAUCCUCCUGUGGAACCAAUCACAACACUGCUCAGCUGGGAACACUUUGUCAUUUAAGUGGACCAGCUAAAAGGGCAAUUCUCAUUCAAUUAGCUUAUUAGGCUCACAUUCUUAUUUUAACCUUCUCUUUUAAAUAAGAAUUACAGUUACAUAGGUGAGUGCACAGAGUGACUUUAUGCGAAGAUAGGCUUCAAUAUCACUGAAGGAACUUCCCCCAGAAGACUGAGGACCAUCAAGAAAAUGAAACAGUUUCCAUUGCAAGAAUCAAGGACCAAAUGCAGUCCAAGGGACUUAAAUUUACCUCUUGCUUCAGGGGGUAAAACUUUUUAAAUGUACAAUAACUUUAAGGCAGGUCUUGCACAAAGGACUUAACCUUUGUGUACAGAAGGUAAUAUCUUGUUCACACAUGACAAUUGCUUGUGCGCUUACCAUAUAAAGGAAAAAAAACAGUUUCCUGCACCAUUAUUGAUUAAUUACAACUAGGACAGGAAGAGGCAAAGCGAUGGGAGGUUUAUCACAGUGGUAAGCAAUUAAAUAGCAUGGGAUUAGCAGCUCUGGCAGGCAGCAGCAGUGUGUAGCGACUGGCAUGAGCAGAGAGAGUUGGCAGCUUUAAUGGAACCACGUGCCGAAGUGUCAACCCUGAAUGGAUCUGUUUACAUCAGCCGACAGCUGGAGAACUGCACAUGGCCCUAACUCCAAUUACAUUAUCAAUUCAUGUACCCAGAGAGAAUAAUAAAGAGCUAAUUUAAAAAUGAUUUACGGACAAAUAUACUUAACGGGGAUAUUCUGGUGCUAAUGAAGUUUCAUGCAUUGUUAGUUACUUUCGCUGUAACCAACAAUGCUCAUCUUAAGAGUCUUUUGAUUCUUAAUGCAGUCAACACUCAACAGUGUUGCCAACUCCUCAGUAAGGAAAGUCACUAGUGGUUGUCCUACAAGUCUUUGCGUAAUUUUUCAGUCAAAUCUAAAUCUGGAUUUAGAUUUGACUAGGUUGGCAGCACUGACACUGACUGAUGGUCGCCAGCUAAUAUGAGGCCUCAGUGUUUGUUAGCUUCUCAGAAAUGGGCUGAACCAUCAGUAAACCAAAACAGUGAGCCACACACAGCACAGAGCUGCAGACUGAAAUAUUGAUCCUCAAUAGAAUCAGCAGUACUUACAGUCAUUUCACAUGACAGAGAUGCAUUUAUUCUGGUGUGGUGUUCACUAACAUUCAACUUUAACACCGUUUUAUUUAAAGGAAGAUGCUGGAAAUAUUUCAGUAAGGGGCUCUACAAAGUUUGGAGGGGAGUCAGAUUUUUAUUUCCUGAAUUAGCCAGGAUCACCAUUUGGAUUCAGCAGUGGCCUUUAUUUUUCACAUUUAGCCUCUAUGUGCAAAUUAAAUUAUGCAUCAACUAAUGUGCGUGUGUAUCUACUAAAAGAUUAUUUGACAAUGAUACUUUUUCAUUAUAAAUCUCUAUGCUAUACUUAAAUCUAUUUGGUUUGCCUGUGAGGUAAAGAAAGUGAAAGUGUACUCUUUGUUGGCAGGUGUGUAUGUGGGGGGAGAGAGUAGUGUGACUAGAGUCAGGUGUUAUAAAGCACUGAUGUGUCAGAACUUUGUCUCCUUAUGUAGCUUACCAUACUUCAAAAAUAGAAAUGCCAGAUUUGCCUGUUUGUGAUCUAACAGGUAAAUAAAACAAAAACAUUUGACUGAGCUACUGAAAGGUAACUGCUGUUCGGCUGUGGUCACAGAGCAUGUGCUAAUGAGUUUUUAAACCGUAGGGAGACGACACAUUUAGACAGAAUAUAGGGAAUUUUACACCUACAGAGAAGUUUACAUCGGGACAUAUUUUAAUAAUAUAUAUUGUUUUAAUAAGCUCAGCCUCUAAAUACUACUCUGUGUGGGCAAACAGCAGACUAAAAAUGUUGGUUUCAUGUCCUCACCAGUUCCCCUUUUAUGUGGGGUGAAAGCCAGAUCCAUUACUUUUACUAGAAGAUAGAAGUCCUUUAUUGAUUUCAUAGAUUGUCAUGUUUUCAAGGAACUCUGGUAAUUUCAAUAUGUGCAGGCUACGUGACACUAAUUAUGGUCACAUGUGCAAUAAAGUUUAUUACUUCAUGCCCUAGAACACUUCCAAAACUCUUAACUUGUAGAGCAGGCUCUAACAUCCAUAUGUCUGACCACGGCAUGCUGUAAGUACUGUACAUGCAAUCACCAUCGUCCUGGAAAUUGUUGCAAAUAAACUUAGUUUAAUGUGAAAUACACUAAAUGUGUGACUCCAACAACAGGAAGUCCCAAUAUUCCUCUGUGCUGUCUGUUACAGUGUGGAUAAUUCUGAUGAAAUGACACAUGAACUUCUCAAUUCUAUGAAAACUGUUUUUGUGUGUAUGAACAUUUAGUCAUGUGUGAGAACAAGGCUGACCUCCCGAGUAUUUUAAAAUAUAUCUUACAUGUUCUGUUGGUCUUUGUUAUGAAACCGACUAAAGGUAAUCCAGUUAAGGGUCCCAUCAGCUACUGGAGAGCUAAUCCCCUCUUUAGUCAUCUUGAACAUGACAUGUAACACGAGCUGUGUGUCUGCAGAUAAAGUGGAUCUUUGCUUUAACAGUAGGUGUGAUGCAAAAAUCAAUUUCACCAGGAUUGUUUAACAUCCUGUUCUGAAAGGCUAAGACACUUCAGACUGUCAGGUGUUGUAUCUCCAACUGCUCAAGAUAUUCAUGUCCAGGCAAGCUGAUUAUUACUUUCACUGAGGGAGUGUUGCUCAAGAAAUUACAUUUUAAUUGGGCAAGAGUUCAUAACCCAGAACAGAAAAACAAAUUAGCAUGUAAAAUAUUAUUAAUAUGUUAAUUUUAUAUGAUGGUGUGUUGUUUUUAUUUACAUUGUCUAAAACCUGUCUACAGUGGCCGAGAACCACAAAAAGUUGAAAGGGCUCAGGAUAAAUAGCCUGGAAUACUUCACAGGGAAACCCGCAACAAAAUUUCAGGGUGCAUAUGUAGAAGUUAUUUGUCAACCCUAGGAUCCAGGACAUGCAGGUAUUCCCAAAUGAUUCUCCCAUGAAGCUAAGAUCAUUCAUAUUCUGGAUAUAGGUGCAAAUAGAAAUGAAAUGCGAUGGAAAACUGAGCAAAAAUAAGCUAUUCUAGCCAUUUUUUAUAUAAAUAUGGGAUAACAUACAAAUGAAAAAACUCAAAAAAAGCAUUUUGCACAAUGAGGAAGUAAUAUUUUACACAAGCAGGCAAGUGGGGCUGACUCCAGAUGAGGUCAGGACUGUAUAAUGUGCCAAAUAUGGCGAUUUUCCACCUAACGUACCACACAUUUUGACUGAUUACUCAAAAAGUUAUGGAAUGCCCAUCCUGAAACUUGCAGGGAUGCUAGUGGACAUGAUAGUCUUUCUUAAGUGUGAAUAUGAAGAAAAUUGAAGGACUCGCGUUUUUUGCUAUUUCCAAUUUAAGUUUUUGGUCUUUUAUAAUUUUUUUCUGGUUCAAUUUGGGGAAAAUGUUGUGCACAAAAAGAUAGAAGAGAGCUUUAAAAUGACACCCGAAUCAGCUCUCUAGGUGCCAUACUUCCAGAGAUAUGAACACUUUUGUAACGCAUGUCAUGCUAGUUAGCCAAAAAUUCAUUAGCCCCUAUCUCACUAAUUAGACGGCUUUGAACAAAAAUAUUUGAACUCUGACAGUUUCUCCUGAAGGCCAAUCACUCCACCAAAUUUCAUCAAAAUCUGUGACGUGAGUGGCGAUUCUUGGUUGAAUUGUAAUGGAAUGACCUAGCAAUGGCGGUUCUUGGCCACCAUACCUGAAAACCUUUGUAUUUUUACAAUGACAAGUACUGUUUGCUAUCAUUAAUGUUAAGCAUAUACCUCAAACUGUCAAAAAAGUAUUCUUCUGAUCCUAAUAAAUUCAUUAUUAUCAUCAAAUAUGCCAAAUACGUAAAAAAACGCGCAAUGCACUCUACGUUCUACCAAUCAGCAAGCGCGCUGGACACACGUGCUAUGCACAUGCAUAAUUUAUCCACUCAGGAGAGGCCUCAGCUGUCCUAAUUGGGUCGAAGGAAGCGGGUACUUUGAGUUAAGCUAGCAUGAUGGCUGAAAACAGUGAAAACAAGGAAAAUAUCGCUGAUAACCCGAGUAUUUUGGGAAAGAACCGCAUCACUGCUAUCUUUAAUUACUUUGGAUUAAUGAGAGUCAACGUGUUACAAACGCAGACGACCAACUGUUGGAAAUAUGAAGUGGGACAGGCGAUAAAUAGAAGUGUAAGUUUUAGCUGAACGCUUUUCAUCUUUCGUCAGAAAGGUAUGCCGUGACUAACAUCAUUUCUUACUACGGGAUUAUCAUCUUUAAACUUACUAUCAUCUGCUGUAAUUACCAUUAUCUUUAUUGUGACCUGACCUUAGGUGCUUUAUUUAUGAGAGACGGAAACUCCUGCCUAACCUCACCUCCAUAUAAAAUGACCUCGAUGACUCACCAGGGAUACUGUGCUCUUAUUACAUAUCUGAUGUAUGUUUUUACUGCAGUUGGAUCGGCUGAAUCGAACAAUGCCCUUAAAUUGCCCCUUGGUUGUUUCACUUUAAGGCAGUAGAGUAGACACUCCUUCGAAUUUCUGGGAUUUACUCACUUUUAUUGCAGUCAGCCCGGGAAGUCAUGAGCAGUCACCUUCAUGGAUCACUAAAACAGGGGAUGGGAAGUUAGUCAUAUAGUCUACUGUGUCAUCUUAAUCUCAGGAAAUAAGGCAAAUGUCAUGUGUGAAUCCAGUAAACCUCUCCUGCAGUGGGAUUGAAUCGGUUAGAGUCAGAACAGUGAUGAAGAGGCUGUGUUGUCACGAGAGUUAAUGUGAUGAAGGGAUGAAUUGAUACAGCAUGAUAUCUUUGUGAUAACGUGAAAAAAUGGUUAAGCCAAAACUACAAAUGUAAAUUAAUCCUUUGCCUGAAGUGUCAACAAUAUAUUUAUAUAUGUAUUCUACCAGCGAUCUGGCUUUCCAAACUCAUCUCAGUGGAUAAAAACAACACGAUCCAUUUUUAGGAUUAAGAAAAGGAUUUUGUUCUUUUUUCCCCCCUCAGAUUGAUAAGUACCUGUACUCCAUGCGUUUCUCCGAUGAGACGUUACUGGACAUCACACAGAGGUUUCGGAGGGAGUUGGCCAAAGGACUCGGCAGAGACACCAGCACAACUUCUUCUCUGAAGAUGCUGCCAACAUUUGUGCGAUCAAUCCCUGAUGGCUCAGGUCGGUAAACUCCCCAACUGUCAUUAUAAACAAGGUCAUAUUAAUUUGAACUUAUCAGGUCAAACACUUAAUAUAGUUACAUCUGUCUCAAAACCAGUUUAUCCACUCAUACCUGUUAAAAUGAGAGGCAAGAAAAAUUUGACUUUGGAUUGAUCUUUUUGAAAAUCUGAAUUCAUGCAAAAGAUAUUCAAUCAAGCACAGGCUUUGUCAACAUGGAGAUUUAGAAAGGCCCAUAAAGAGAAAAUUAGAGGUACAACUGAUCCAAGUCCUGUUAUAAUAACUAAAAUUUUUGUCCAUUUUUACUAAUCACAUUAAAACAUAGCUUGUGUAGUUACAUCUGAAAAGGAGCAGAAACCCUUCCUGUUGAUGAUUGUUAAGUGUAUGAACUAUCUGAAGUAAAUAUCACAUUUCACACACAGAAAAUGGAUGUCAGGAAAUACCACAUAAUAUCCAUUACUCUCUGUCUGGCACCGCAGAUCUCUAAAGUGAACCCAGUUGGCAAAACUAUCAUUUCCUCCAAGUGAAAUUACCCACAAGAUCCUUUUAAGACUGUUCCCCUCUCCCUCCAUUAUCUCUCUACACCACACACUGUCUAAAGCCACAGUCGUCCUGCUCUUGUUUUAGUUCUGACAGUAGUCACUUUGUUCAUGUCUUGCACAGACUGUUCUGUUGUAGGAGAGUGUCUGUCCAGUUUAACUUGGUGACAGAUUUUUUUUACAUUAGUCAGCUGAAUAUUAAUGGAAGCAAAGCUCGCUCUCUGGCUCUCUCCCUUGAGCUCCAAACACAGGUCAGCCAAAAUUUAGUUUACAGUCUUAGCAAGCCGUUCCUCCAGACACAGUCAAACACAUUUAUCAAUACCCUGCCUGCAUUGUUAGAGAUGACAGUGGAGGUCAGGUUUCAAGCCUUCCUACUGAUUUACCAUAUUUUAUAACAACCUAAACCUUUGAUUUUAUUCAACAAAUACAAAAUAUAUAAUGAUUUUCUGAGCAUGUCGUUCACAAACUCUGUGGUCUUUCUCAAUCAUAUUAAUAAGUACUUGAAGAAUCAAAAUGAUCCCCCUGCCUUCAUCGAAGGUUAUACAACCGAGUGUAUUUUUAAAAACCUCCAUAAAUCAAACUGCUGCAGCUUCCCUCUGGCCGUAAACUUGUCCACUGGUUUCACUCUUUCAUCAUGCAGCAGGUUGUUUGACAUUUUGUUACUGACUAACUGAGUGUGCUACAUGUUAGUGUUACUGUUUUUUGGCUUUGUUGUGUAGAAAAAUGCGUCUCAAUUAAGAACGAUGUGUGAAUAAAUGGACUAAUGAUCUCAAAAGAAACUCAAAGUAGUUGAGUAGCAUGUGUGAAUAAAGCUACAUGGUGAUUUUUGUUUAGUUUGCCAAACAGUGGCUUUGUUUGGCAAUGAGAGAGAGUAAACUCAUGUCCAUUAUCUUUAAUUACAGUUAUUUAUUGUUAGACAAGCUCAGAUAAGACUUUGGUACACAAUUACAGUGUGUGUCCUUGGCUCUGUUCUUUUUGUUCUCACGCAUCAGACAGAAAAAUGUGUAAAAAGUCUUGAAUUUAAAGCAGCACAGUUCCUAGAAUACUGUGUCUGUUUUAGCUGGUCGUGUCUUUUUGAUUACAUUCCUCUCUGAUAAAAUAUCAGCACUACUGACCUGACCUUGCAAUCUGACCUAUGCAAAAAGGAUGCAGCUCAAUACUGUAGUGAAGUGAAAUGCAGAGAACACUGUUAAAACAACACAACUACAUUCAUCCAUUGAUUUAUAAAGAUCAUGCUUGUAGAGAGACAUGUUAACAGACAUGACUUUUCAGUGUUUUGAGAGCAGCGUCUGUUUCAGUUAAAUAAGGCGUGUGUGUGGAUUCUUGUCAGUGAGGAUUUUUUUUACUUACCCUUAGCCGUAAAAUGACUGUUUGAUUUACUCACAAAGAUAAUUUCUGAUAAGCUCUUGACCUGAUGACAUGGCUACUGCUUUACCUGUUAGCAAUUAUUAACCAAGACUGCACAGCAAGGCCAGCUUGUUAAAAAAAACCAUUACGUCUAUCCUGAACUCGCUAGCUUACACAUGAAGAAGGAUGUAUUGGACGAAUGAAGGAAAAUAUAAGGCAGUGAGCAUACAGAAGACAAAACAUAGCAGUUCAAAAGCGAUAUCCUUAACAGCUUAUCUCUCCUUUCACUUCUUUCCCGUGUGAAGCCCACUCAAAGCGUGACAUACAAUCACUGCAGAGAUGCUCUGAAUGCUGUAUUUUAGGUCUACACUAAUAGUUCUAAUAGUUCUUCUCCUCCAUACACUUUGUUCUGCAGAGAAGGGCGACUUCAUUGCGUUGGAUUUGGGAGGCAGUAACUUCAGGAUCCUUCGAGUCAAAGUGAGCCAUGAGAAAAAACAGACGGUUCAGAUGGAGAGUCAGAUCUAUGACACACCAGAAGACAUCAUUCACGGCAGUGGAACAAGGGUGGGUAUUUCCACCGAAAUAGAGGCACAAAGAUACACACAAGUAUCUUCAGCUCAGCCUCAGAUAACCUCUGUCUCUCCUCUCCUCUGUUCCAGCUGUUUGACCAUGUGGCAGAGUGUCUGGGAGACUUCAUGGAAAAACAUAGCAUCAAAGACAAGAAACUUCCAGUGGGAUUUACCUUCUCCUUCCCCUGCCAACAGACCAAACUAGACGAGGUAAAAAUAAAUCAAAGCUGAAUAAUGAUUGCUCUUCCUGCCAUUACAGUUUUUUCAACUUUUUAUGUGGUACCAAGCCAUUUAUCUUGUAUUCAGAUAACAAAUGGUUGCCAUGCAGUCCAUUAACAAAAGGAGUCGCCAAACUUGUAAUGGAGACCUCUCCAUUAAGCAUCAAAUCAAUGCCUCGUUGUCUCACUUUCGUCUGACUCUCUCUUUGUUUGUCUCCAGGGCUUUCUGAUCACAUGGACAAAGCGUUUCAGGGCCAGUGGAGUGGAGGGAAUGGAUGUCGUCACGCUGCUCAACAAAGCCAUAAAGAAAAGAGGAGUUAGUCUUCUCCUCUCCUCAUUUAGCUCACUUUGAUGCUGUUUCGAAGUCAGCAACAUGUCAAUCUUUGGGUUCCACUUGACAGACCGGUUAAAUAUACUUAAUGUAUUGUGUGCACUCUUUCCUGUGUUUUAGGAUUAUGACGCUGACAUCAUGGCAGUCGUGAAUGACACUGUGGGGACAAUGAUGACCUGUGGUUUUGAUGAUCAGCGUUGUGAAGUUGGCAUCAUCAUAGGUACUGGAACUCAUUACAGUCAUAAAGCCAAGAGGUCCAUUAAAAACAGAAGUCUAUUUGGAAAUGUACACUCAAAACUCUUGAAACUAGUCAAUCAGAUUUUAAAAAAAUGCUAAAACUACUAUUACAUACAAAUAGUAUCGAAACUAACAACCAGCGUCCAUUUUUUAUCAUAAAUCUUAUUUUAGUCUAUAGAUGUUGGAUUUAACUGUAACGCUCUUUUCUCCAUGUUAAGGUACUGGCACCAAUGCGUGCUACAUGGAGGAGCUGCGUCACAUCGACCUGGUGGAGGGAGACGAGGGCAGGAUGUGUGUGAACACUGAGUGGGGAGCCUUUGGUGAUGACGGCAGGUUGGAGGACAUCAGGACAGAGUUCGACAGAGAGAUCGAUCGAGGCUCUCUGAACCCCGGCAAACAGCUGUAUGUCAAACUAAAACUGCUAAAUUUUAUCCCUAUAAUAAUCUAAAUGAUUUAUUUUUGUGAUCUACAAGGGAUCUCGGGAUCAGCUAAAAAGAAGCAAUAAGCGUAUUUACUGUACCACAACAAAAGAGAUCAUAAUAGCAGAAUAUUUUCAAGUUUUCAUUGAAUGUUGGUACAAACCUAUCUACAAACUAAUCUUGGGUUUAUUUGUAGAGAAAUGCUUUUCAUUUGAGGUGAUCCUCCAUAUUUGUGGUUAACACAAGUAGUCACAAAACCACGAGGGAAGGAAAAUUCUUUUUGAUGCUUGAAACCUUUCCACAAGACAAGGAGGCUCUCACGUUUUACAUUUCAAACCGAAAACUAGCCCAGCUGUUCAACUCUUGAUCUGUGACUUUUAAAUAUCAUAGGUAGAGGUUAUGUGUGACGUCCGUUUCUCUGGGUUCUCAUUUUCUGCUCUUCUGUGUCUCAGGUUUGAGAAGAUGGUCAGCGGUAUGUACUUGGGGGAGCUCGUCCGUCUCAUCCUGGUGAAGAUGGCCAGAGAGGGUCUGCUGUUUGAGGGAAGGAUCACCCCCGAGCUGCUCACCAAGGGGAAGUUUGAAACCAAGCACAUCUCAGCCAUAGAGAAGUGAGUCCCACAACAUAAAGGUCCUUACACACCGGGCGAGAAUUCGCCAGGCGAAUUGUUCGCCUUUUUUUAAAACAGCAUAAAGUCAAUGCAAGCUUCCACACCGGCGGCGAUUUUUCCGCGGGGCGAAAAGCCGCUUUUAUUUUUUCGCUCCUGUGUCGAAUUUUUCGGAUAUUCGCAGGCGAAUAUCUGGACCUGCUAGACCUCUGGCCAAUCAAAAGUCAUGUUGUUGAUGACGUCACAGACCCAUACGGCUGGAGGAGAGGGAGAAGUUUGAGAUUAUGAAAACGCAGAGAAAGGCAGCUGAGGUGCAUCCAAAACUCUUUCUAAUUACUAAUGAAGUAGUUUCCUCACAAGAUGACACUCUCUUGUCUUCCACCCCGCAUCUCCUCUCCUCCGUGCCGCAAAGCGACUUUAUUAAUUCGCUUUGCAAAAAAUAUACGCAUAUUCGCUUCGCGGCCGGUGUGUAUAGGCGAAAGCGAUUUUUCGGACCGGUGAAUAUUCGCAAUUUUCGUCUCGCUUUUUCGCUUCGCUCCGCAAAUUCGCCGGUGUGUAAGGACCUUAAGGCUUCUGCUCAUUUUCAUAAGAGAGCAGAAAUUUUACUUUAUUUGAAUGACACUGUGGGAAGAACAAUGCAUCACGGCUUCCUUCUCUCUCUGUGUUUUGUCUGUUUAGGAGUAAGGAGGGGUUGAACAAGGCCAGAGAAAUUUUAAACAAACUUGGCGUGGAGCCCUCAACUGAAGACUGCAUCGCUGUGCAACAUGUAUGUUUUUGUUGUUGUUGUUGAAAUCAUUUAUGUUUUAAGCAUUGGUAAUUAAAAAUUUUAUUAUUAAAAGAGCCAAAUUUUUCCAGCAUAUUUUAAAUCUGAGGCUGUGUGAACUCAGAGAUGCUUCAUCUAUGUUCCCUUGGAUUGCGUCAAGUUUGAACGGUCUGUUUGAUGAGUUUCUCUCCUCCCGCUCUCCCUCAGGUUUGUACCAUCGUGUCUUUCCGCUCUGCCAACCUGAUUGCCGCCACACUGGCAGGCAUUUUAAUCAGACUGAAGGAGAACAAAGGGGUGGCACGUCUGCGAACAACCGUGGGCAUCGAUGGAUCUCUUUACAAGAUGCAUCCUCAGUACGUGAUGAUUAAACAGUGAAUCAAAAUAUUUGUUUUAUAUUCUGCCUUUUUAAGAAUAUGCAGGGUAAUUGCUUCUUACUUAAGUAUUGGAAAUCUUUUCAGAGUUAGCGUCAUUGAAUAUCUGAUUUUAUCUUUUGAUAGACUACAUGUCUCAUCGAAAUGAUCAAAUAAACAGCAAAUUCUCUGAUGUAUUUCAGGUACGCUCGUCGUCUUCAUAAGACAGUUCGCCGUUUGGUCCCGGACUCUGAUGUUCGGUUCCUCCUAUCAGAGAGCGGCAGUGGAAAAGGAGCCGCCAUGGUGACAGCGGUGGCCUACAGACUGGCUGAUCAAUCAAAACAGAUCGCUGAAACACUGUCUGAAUUCCGCCUGACAAAAGAACAACUGCUUGAGGUGAGCACACAGGGAUUGUGAUUAAUCUGUUUGUGUAUUUUUCCUUUUGUGUCACUUCAUGAUGUCUAAUUAAAAUCCUUCAGGUAAAGGAGAGAAUGAGGAUAGAGAUCCAAAACGGCCUCUCAAAGAGCACUCAUGACUCUGCUACCGUCAAAAUGCUGCCGACCUACGUACAAAGCACUCCUGAUGGCUCAGGUGACAUGCGCAGGCGCUCACACACAAACACACACAUGCACACAACAAACACAUGAAUAUACAGUAUGUGCAUGCAUGUCAAGGCAUGUUACCUGACGUGUUUGCAUGCUGGAGAGAGUGAGUCACUGAUAUCAUUGCUCAGCGCCUAAGUGGCUUAAUUAAGCUGGCUCAAGCAGUAUUAUGUUCUCUGUGAUUGACGGAGCCCUCAGCCAAUGAGAAUCUAUCGUCACUUUUGUCAACUUUUACUUUUGUCAUUUUGUUUUUUCAAUAUAGUCAGAAGAUUAAAAACAUUUACAACCUACCACAUACAUAUUAAUUUGAUCAUUUUUGUUUAUUUAGCAGGCUCUUUACAAUCCUCAAAUGACAUUUUUAACUGAAUGCAAAUGGGAGAGGCAGUAAAAGCAUGAAUAAUAUUUCAUAGAGGAACAUUUGGAUCACUGAACAGAGUAAACUGUCUGUGGUGUGUUUGUUUGGCACAGACACUGUUGUAUUUAUCUGUCCUUCUGUCUGUUGUUCUGCCCUCAUUUUUUACAGAGAAUGGCGAUUUCCUGGCUUUGGAUUUAGGAGGAACAAACUUCAGAGUUCUGUUGGUGAAAAUUCGCUCUGGCAAGAGAAGAACAGUGGAGAUGCACAAUAAGAUCUACGCCAUUCCUCUAGAAGUGAUGCAGGGCACAGGAGAGGAGGUGAGUCCAUCAGUCUUUUAACUCUUUAAUCUGUGGUAAACUCUGGCGGUAAACUGAGGUUCAGAGUGAUGCGGAAAAUGCUGAAGUGCUAAACUUUUUAACUGAACUCUUGUCACUGUGUUGGCACUGUGAAGAUUAGGGUAGUAAGGUGCUGUAGGAGGUCAGGGGUGUGAUCCCUGUUGGCUCAGAGCUAAGUAGAUCAGAGUGAAGUGGGGAAGAAGGUCUGUGGUUAAAGGGAGUCAGAAAUAGAGAGAGGUUGGGAUUAGCAUUGAGUUGACCGUCUUUAAAACAUAGAUGUGAUCUUAACUCUUGUCCUCUGGCCAAAGCUUAACCUGUCUGUCACCUCUCUGGCCUUUUCACCCCCCAUCUCAGGCCUCUAUUUGUUUGUACACGUUAGUUAACGGGACAAGAAGAGAGUCAAAGAGGAAAAAAGCACAAUUUGAUUGAAACAUCACUGGUGAAAUGAUUUCUCCUAAUUGUACUGCUUGCUUCUCUUAUACCUUAUUUCUCAUCAUAUUUUUCCACAAUUUUAAUCUGAGGUUCAGGUGAGUGAAAACGCCAAUGCUGGUAUGCAGGGCGUACAAAUAGACAUAGUUAGAGGCCACUUGUUGAGCAGGAUUCAUACUAGAAAAGGCCCUAAAGAAAGAGAGAUUUGGUCUACUUCUCUGUAAAUACCGGUGCUAAUCUCCUGUGACUGAAAGAUGUGUGGUGUUUACAGAUUCACUAACAACUUCUAAAUGGUUUAUAGAGCUCAACUGUCUGUCCCUAUCUAAAAAUGUCUAUACUUGUAAUAUCAUACAGAUGUGAACAUAAGAUGACCCUGAUUAUGAGAUGACCUCUCAUUUUGAAGACUAACUUGUACUAAAAGACCAAAUAUUGCUUUUAUAGAACAAGAAAAUCUUCGGCAAUAGUAAAACAAAGUCAGAAAUCAAAUGAGACCAGUUUUUGUCUUCAGAAACACUGUCUAAGUUAUAAGAAAUCCAAAAUGGUCAAAAUGAAGCGCUUAUGGUAUCAUUAUCUAAAUGCCUUAAUGAUCAGAGUAACCAGUAGUUUACUGAGUGGGGGGUCUAGUAAUAGACAUAUCUGAGUUCUGUUUUUCAGUCACAGUCUUGUGCUCAUGUUAAGACAAACCUUUUGUGUCUGCAAUCUUCGGACAGUCAGCUCAGUGCUAUCAUAUUUUCUGGCUGUUUGACAGUUGUUAAAUGUUAUUGCCUUAUUUGCAACUUCAGUGUUAACUGUGUCACCUCACACACUGUUGGAGGCAGGCUGUUCCGCUUUGCAGGAAACUCAGAUGAACAAGUGAGGAGAGUCUUUUGCGAUGUUGCAUUUACUUAGUGAGUCUUACGUUUUCUCACAAAGUCCCAUUUGAACAUUCUAUCUAUUUUCUAGGAUUAGGACAAUAUAUGUUUGCCUUGUGAUUUGAAACUUGGCGGCAUACAUCUGGUAUGGACACCAAACCUCGCAACACUGAAUUAUUUUUUGUAAAUGUGGAAAGCGUGAUACCCCCCUUUUUAAAUCAAAUAAAAUCAAUGUACAAAAGACAGCGGCGGCCCAAAAAGUAACAAAAUACUAUAAAUGUUACCAACUAGUCUAAAGGGCAGAAAACAGUCAAAACUGGGCACAAUCGAGUUUAAAAUUUAACACAGGAUCACAGUUGGUGGGUAAACUGUGUCAGUUUGGUUUGCUGUGUGUGGCUAACAAAAGAACCAGCACCCCCAGCCUUCUGUCCUCCGUGCAGGUUAACAUCCAUAUGCCUGCGGUGGUUACUCAUUGUUCUAGUCAAGUGUCAGUAGGUCAAAUUAAGCAAAGACAACCUACUUACAGUUUUAAUCCUGUUGUCUUGAUCAAAAUACCAAUACUACAAGAUGUUAUUCAUCAUCUGUGCUUAUAGCAGUAACCAUUAACUGGGCCUACAGCCUCAGCCAGUGGUGGGUGGCUGCAUCAUUACUAUGAUGACAUGUAACCCACACUGUGGGCUGUAAAGAUAUGAAUUGUUUGUUAAACAAACCGGUAAUUCUUUUGCUAGCUAGCAUGCGAAGGUGACCGUGUUUUAUUGUUUGGCUGGCUGAAUGCACACAUCUUCAUUUUUGAUGGAUAAUCAUAAGCGUUGUAUGUUCUUUCUUUCUCUCUCCAGUUGUUUGAUCACAUCGUACAGUGUAUCAGUGACUUUCUGGACUACAUGGGGAUGAAGAACACUCGUCUUCCUCUGGGCUUCACCUUCUCGUUCCCGUGCAGACAGACCAGCCUUGACGCUGUGAGUGCACUGCUCUUCCUUCCUCUCUGAUACAGUCUCUGAUUUUGUCUCUUCCUUCCUUUUUUCUUAGAUCAGCUGCUUUGCAAAAUGAACCUGGAGCCACCAAUGAGCACUUGCAUGUACAUUUUAAAGAUAAACUGUGUUUAUGUUGAAUUUGCACUGAGAAAAUCCUGACAUGCACAUUUGAAAUGUGUGUGCAGGGCAUCCUAGUGACCUGGACAAAAGGCUUCAAGGCUACAGACUGUGAAGGAGAAGACGUGGUGGGACUGUUGAGAGACGCCAUUAAGAGGAGAGAGGUAUGAUAUGAGGGCGAGCAUCAUUCAUGGCACUGUGUAAUAAAGUGGACUGUAUGUUGUAACAUCAUUCAUGUUCCUUAUUCAUCAGGAGUUUGACCUGGAUGUUGUGGCCAUAGUGAACGACACAGUGGGAACCAUGAUGACCUGUGCCUACGAAGAACCCACCUGUGAAAUCGGACUUAUUGCUGGUUAGUUCCCCAACCCCCCCAGGGCCUACUGUGUUUAGAUACAAAACUCUUUCUUUUCCAUCCACCUAAUGUGUCUGUUUGAUCGUAGGCACUGGCAGUAAUGCAUGUUACAUGGAGGAGAUGAGGAAUGUUGAGAUGAUCGAAGGAGAUGAGGGGAAGAUGUGUGUCAACAUGGAGUGGGGAGCUUUUGGAGACAACGGUUGUCUUGACGACAUAAGGACAGAGUAUGACCGUGCUGUUGAUGAUUUCUCCCUCAAUCCAGGCAAACAAAGGUAAAAACUCACUCAAACACAUGAUCAUCACUAUGGCCAUGUUCUCAAAGUCAGAGAUUAGCAUGUUAACCCUUUGCUCCCAGGAUUCAAAUCCUUAUGAAUGACUUUCAGUGGAUGUAGACACAUACAUAUCUUGUUCAUGUGCGUGUUUUGUGCUUUUUAUAGAUAUGAGAAAAUGUGCAGUGGCAUGUAUCUUGGCGAGAUUGUGAGAAACAUCCUGAUCGAUUUGACCAAGAGAGGCUUCCUGUUCAGAGGGCAGAUCUCUGAAACCCUGAAGACCAGAGGCAUCUUUGAAACAAAGUUCCUCUCACAGAUAGAGAGGUAAAGAGAAAGUUGGAUGUGAAAUGUAUCAAACUGAUUGCAUGAUAGCACUCCAGUAGCACAUCGUGACUCUAUGUCCUAACACUUUUUUUUUUUUCUGUUGUUUUUCUUCAGUGACAGAUUGGCUCUGCUGCAGGUGAGAUCCAUCCUGCAACACUUGGGACUGGACAGCACCUGUGAUGACAGUAUCAUAGUCAAAGAGGUGAGGCACAGCAGCAGGCUGAACGAUUUUGUCUUUAGAUAUGUUUUCCAAAACUACAGCUCACAAAAACAUGCAGCGUGCUGAACCGGUAACACUAGAUUGAUUAACUCUGACCAAGACACUCCUCGAUGGAUUUUCAAAUUUUCUUGUUUUUGAGGUUUUGUUUCAACAUACAGUUUGAUCAUUUUUGAAGCUGCAGCUUGUGGUUCUUAAACUACUUAUUAUACACAGUAAUGUUUUGUGUAUUUACCCUCUUUUAUACAAAAGAAAAGGACAAAAUGAUCGAAACACCAGUAAUUAUAACUUAUUAACAUAGAAACCUUCAUAAGCUGAAAGAGGAAUCAGUUAAAAGGCUGUUGUGUUAAUGACUGAAGUUAAACCUGUAGGUGUGCCUUACAGAGUGACUUUUUUGGCUGCAUAUCAAGAACACUGAAGAACAUGACCACACAAUACAUUUCUAUCAGGCUUUGAUUGAGAAAGAAGAAGUAUGAGUUAACAGAAACAAAGAUAUGCCAUUUUGUGUAAAGCUGUGACACAAUCUUUCCAAGUAAACUGUGGCACCAUCAGUGUGUUUAGUGUUGUAACCCUGAUAAACUGUUAUUGUCCAACAGGUAUGCGGAACAGUGUCGCAUCGUGCAGCUCAGCUGUGUGGGGCAGGAAUGGCAGCCGUGGUUGAUAAGAUCAGAGAGAACCGAGGACUGGACCAUUUGAACAUCACUGUAGGGGUGGACGGGACUCUCUACAAACUACACCCCCAGUGAGUUGAAUGACAUUUAGACCUUAUUUACAUGACAAAUUCACUGGAUUAGUAUCUGCCCAGGGGUGAAACUGUAAAACAGAAGACAUUUAGAUGCAAACAAAAGCAGGCUCGACCGGCUGUGAGCAAUGUUUAGCUACAACAGCCUGAGGCUCUCCUCAAACAAGAGACCCUGUUUGCCUCUUCAAAAAUUCGUUGUUUUAGCUGCUUUUGCCUCUUAGCUAUUCCAGUUAUACACUGUUGAACGAGUGUUAACAGCAUGACAAUGAGAAAAAAAAGUUAUUUUUAUUUUAUUUUUUUGAAAAUUUAAACUAGUUAGGUAACUUGAAGUGAAAUAUUCAAACUUUGGGGGGAUUUUCUUUGUAAGUUAUUUAAUCUUAAGACCAUAAUGGUCACCUUUUAGAAAUAUGUUCAAAACAUUCUCCAGUCUAAGAAAUAUGACAUUUUCACCUUCUUAAAUAACUUAUAGGAUACACAAAUUGUACAAAAAUUCAGAAGACCCUUGUCAGAAUAAAAUAAAAAGAAUUAAUGAAGAAAUAAAAAUGUCCAAGGGUCAAAAGCUCUGCUAAAAAAACAUGAAUUCAAAGGAUUAUUUAAUUAUUAUUAUUAUUAUUAUUAUUAUUUAUUAUGUUGUCGUUGUUUUUGUUAGUUAUUAUUAUUAUUAUUAUUAUUAUUAUUAUUAUUUUGUUGUUAUUAUUAUUAUUUUGUUAUUAUUAUUAUGUUGUUAUUAUUAUUAUUAUUUUGUUGUUGUUAUUAUUGUUGUUGUCGGUGUUAUUAUAUUUAUAUUGACUAAAAUAACCUUAAAGUCCUGACACUUUUUUAAAGUGAUCUGACUCUCAUCCUGCAUCAUGCAAACACAAUAGUGUCGUCAAACUUGUAGCUGUUUGUCUCAUGUACCUAGUCCUCUCACAGCUGUAUUCAAACUGGCUCUUUUCUAUUAUUACACUCUGUGCUUCCUUCUUUAACAAUCUGCCAAAAUUUGUCUCUCUGCCCAGCUUCUCCGGGAUCAUGCACCAGACAGUAAACGAACUGGCACCUAAAUGCAACGUCAAAUUCCUGCUGUCAGAGGACGGCAGUGGGAAGGGAGCCGCUCUCAUUACAGCUGUGGGCUGCAGACUGCGACAGGAGCUGAACAACAAAUAGAAAAUGAUUCCUCCAUCUCUGUUGUCUCCUCACUUCUCCACGUUCCUCCUCUCUUCACCUGCUGUCUCCUUUCUUCUUCCUUAUUCCCUCUCUCUUCCUGAAUCUCACCAGUCCAGUCUGAGCAUUGCACUCCAGGAGCUGCUUUUGGCUAAGGUAGCGUUUUUUUGCUGCGUUAGCAUACUGACAGGCGCUGUAUUGUUUGUUUGUUCUUCAGUUUUAUGAUUUCUGGAAUGAAAGAUGUCAAGAUAAAACAAGCACAUUCAGCUCUUGUAAAAAUGUAGCCAUCACACGUUCUCCAAAUACUCUUUUGAGCUGUUUAUUGGCGCCAUCUGGAGGGUUUUCUGAUAACUGCAGUCUGAUAUACCAGGUACAAGAGUUGCAAUGAAAAUGACAAAAGUUGAUAAAUAUUCAUCCUAACAUAUGCUCAUCAGAUGCAGGGACAAAAGAACUGUUCUAGACCAAAGUAAUCAAAUUGUUUGUGCUGUAUGCUACUCACUGUCUGCACUACUAAACAUAAAAGUGAUAUAUAAAUGUGUAAUAAGAAGAAAGGGAAUAUUUUUGCUUUUAAAUUUUAAUAUCCAACCCAGAUAUAAAUUAAUAUGUGAUAAAUGAAUCGUUGCUAUUUAUUUUAUUUUUGUAUAUCAGGAGAUGUUGAGAAAUGUUACUGUUGUAAUAAGCCAUCGUCUGAGUCCCUUCAGGCUGCACCCGUCCUCCUCUGGAGGUUUUAGAUAAAACACAUCAGAGCAGAGACGGAAGGAGAGCUGGGGGGGGGGGGGGGCUGCUAUGUUCGAUCUGCAGGGAACGCCAUGCCACAUGCUCGCUGAAUCUGCACUUUCAUCAAAUCUAUAACAGCAGUCUUAUCUACUCUAAUGUACUCUACUGUAAAAUAUAUCCAAAGAACUAUUUUUAUUUUACUGAGUAGAAAUCCAGCUGCUGGGAGUAAGCACAGCUGUUGAGUUUUUGUUGUCUUAAGAAGUUCUGGUUACUCGUCUUUACCUGUUAGAAACAGCCAUGAAACAGGACUGUGGUGCUAACAUAAAUGUCAGCGAAUCAGUAUCAAAACAAUAAUAUUAAAGGAGCUGAAAUUUAAAGGCGAUUUUAAAUAUUUUGCUUAUAGUCGCUCACUGUUCUUCAUAUACUCCUACAGGCUCAGAGGGUGCUGAUGUGAACUAUCGUGCUCCUUCAUGCAGAUUAAAAUAUUUAUUUUUCUCUAUUCUAUUCUCAAGUAGUUGUAUUAUAACUAUGACUGAUAAUUACUGAAAGACUGGUGGAUUCUUUCACUGGUUUUCUUCCUUUUUUCUCUGUAGGGCCGAGCCUUUUCAGAUGUAGACUAGGCUUCAGGAGGUGAACUGUGUUUCUUUAGGGUCAGGACAGAAUACUAAUGUCAUCUAUGACACGCUGCUUUAUUCUUUACUACCGGCAAAGGGACAAGUCAGCACCAAUCCAACCUGAAGCUCAUGCCAUUAAUGAGUUAACUCCUAGCAAAGAUUGUAGACAAACUGGGCUUCCAUUCCCACUAGUACUUGAACUGCCAGGGAAGGAGAGGGUCGGCCUCUCUGCCUUUAGAUGAGCUCUAGAAAUAGACGGUCUGAAAGGAAACCACACAGUCCACAGACUUUUAAAUCUCUCUCUUCAACUCACAAAUCUCAGUCUGUAUCUGUCCAACACUGUCAAUCAGUCGUCACUAAAUAAAGAUAAACCUGUGUCAGUUUAACAGUGCUUUCUUUGACUUUCUUUAAGUGAUAACAAUGUGUGUAUUAGGGCCAUGCCUCCUUAUUUAAAACACAAA